AUGAAUUCUGGCGAGAAGGAGCAACUCAUAGUGGUGGCGGAUCAGCCAAUCUCUCCGCAGUAUUUCGGAUUUUCGAAUUUCACGAUGGGUUUGAAUGAACUAUUCCCGGAGGACCGUGCUGUUUUACCACCCACUGACAGUCGACUACGACCCGAUGUAAGAUGUCUGGAAGAAGGAAAGUUGGACGAUGCAGCGUCCUACAAGUAUGAACUGGAAAAGGCUCAACGAGCUCGAAACAUUAACGAAGAAACACAUAAACCGCUAUGGUUUGUUGAGAAAAUGGACGAAUUUGCCAAUACGAAGAUGUAUGUGACAAAUGGAAAAUACUGGGAGGCAAAAGAAAUGAAAUUCGAGCAACAGAAGAAGAAUAAUGCUUUCAUUCCAAUAUUCAACGUAUCGAUUACCAAUUAG